AUGAGUACUGAAAUAAUAGCAAGCUUAGGCUCAUUUGUUGAAGAGGCUAAUGCUGCUGAUCUAAUACAGCGCAGACAGCGUUCUGAGUUUCAGUCAAGUGUGAAGGGGACCCUUUUUACAGCUAUAAAGGCAAACCCAGAUCUUGUUCCAUCCUUAUUGACUUUGGCGAUGAAUGAUGCUAUGACUUAUGAUAAGGCCACAAAAUCUGGUGGCCCAAAUGGAUCUGUACGUUUCAGCUCAGAGAUUAGCAGACCAGAGAAUAAGGGGCUCUCCGCCGCAAUGAAUUUAUUAGAGGAAGCAAAGAAGGAAAUAGAUUCAUAUUCCAAGGGUGGUCCUAUUUCAUUUGCUGAUCUCAUCCAAUUUGCAGUGGGGCUUGUUUGACAAGCAAUUUGGGAGGUCAGAUGCUCAAGAGCCAGGUCCAGAAGGGAGGGUUCCCCUGUGGGUGAAAGCAAAGUGUUCAGGAAAUGAAAGAUAAGUUCUCGGCCAUAGGCUUUGGUCCCCGCCAGGUAUUUCAAUUAUCAUGACAUCAACUGGCAGAAACUUAUCAUCACAUCACUCCAGCUCAUGGAAUUGUUAAUUUAUCCAGUUAUCGAUCUAUGAAGAAAUACACUCAUUUAAAUUCUCAUCCUCUUCUUUUACACUCUUUAUUUAUGUGUUUUUCCUUUCCAUUUAUUUGGUAAGUAAGCAUUUCGUUGAUGCUAAAUCUGGAUUUUCCUAUAACACUUGAAUAUUAUCAUUGGAGUCACUUAGCUCUAUUGUUACAUGAUAUAUCUAAGGCUUUCAUAUGUGUUGUCUUUAUGUAGUCAAUAAGUGUUGAACAGGAAAAAUGGGUUUAGGCGGCAAUAUGGUUUACUAGGUAUAAAAGUGGGGUUCUUGGAUCAAAGCCGAUCAACAUGGUUGAAACCAGAUGAUAUUCUGUAUUUAUUAUGUUUUUCUGCUUUGUUACCGUUCAUGUUUGAUUCAAAUUCAUGAUCACGUAAUUCAUUCUCAUAUUCAAUGAUAAGCUUGGGACAGGUGGAUGUGCCUGUUUAUGCAGCAGGAACUGGUGUUAAACCUGCAGAAAUAGCUAGGCAAGGUCUAGAAGAGGCCAAAAGGAAGAAUAUGGAUGUGGUCAUAGUGGACACAGCUGGAAGACUUCAGGUUUGGUAGAGGGAACUAGAAGCUCAUCUUAAAUUCAGAUCGUGACAUAUUUGAAGAGAGAACCGAGGUUGAUUUGAAGGACAAGUGGAGAAAUAUGAUACAUUACUGACUCUUAAAAAAAGAAGAUGGUCUGCAGUUUGUAUUAUAG